AUGGCCCAGAGUAUCCCCGCCAACAAAUCCUUCUCCCACAACUAUGCGCCAAAAGUAGCACUUCAACACGAGGCACCUCAAAAUCAGCCUGACAGCCCUACCGUGUUAAUCAUCAUCACCUCCGACGCUCCGCAACCUGAAAGAAUAGGCUCGGGCUCCCUGCAGAGAAUUACGCCCGAGACGCUCUUGACGGAAUGUAUCAACCCUCAGUCAUGCUCUUGGCGCCAGCACCGUCCUAAAACGGAAUUGGGAAGUAUGGUCCGGAUGUUUGUUUCCUGUUACGAAGAUGCCAAGUUCGAAGCUCGCCUUGCCUCCGUUAAUCUGACUAUUGAUAUACGCCCGUCUACAACACUCUACUUCUCACAACUUUCUCUAUUUCCACCCGUCAUUUCACUCUUCGCCGCCCUCGUCUAUUCAGCUUGCAUCCGUGCCAUUUCCAUCGAUCUUUGGCGCCCAUCGCCCUCUCUAGACCUACAGCUGAAAGCAGCUCUUAUUCUUUUUAUUGACAACUCUCGUCUCAUUAGGCUGGUACUCGCAUUGGAGUUGUCACCACCAAUUAAUGCAUAUCACGCUAGAUUGGAAGCAAGAACAGCUUAUAAAGACUUAACAAAUGCGCUUCCGACUUGCUUUGAGCUUAAAAACUACCCUUACAUCCAGCCUGCUCCCGCGCCCAGCACCGGCGAGCCAUCCAUCCAUAUAAGUGUCCAUUCCCAUCGACACAAUCCGACCCAUCAUACAAACAUUAAGGAAACCAAAAAAAAACCCAGGUCGUAA